AUGGCUAGCAAAGACACAAAAGAAGACAAGGAUGCGCUAGAUGCUCUCGAGCUCGAAGCCAAGGAAUUUGACAAGGAUGCUGAGAUCGACCGUAUCUUGAAAGCCUUUCGACUUGAUGCCUACGCUGUUCUCGAUCUCCAGCCCGGUGUCCCCGACUCAGACAUCAAGGUCACUUACCGCAAGAAAUCCCUACUCAUCCAUCCCGAUAAGACAAAGAACCCGCUGGCCCCGGAUGCUUUCGAUCGACUAAAGAAGGCUCAGACUGAGCUCAUGGAUGAAAAGCAUCGCGAACGACUAGACGAGGCUAUCGCAGACGCGCGCAUGCUCCUCAUGCGCGAGAAUAAAUGGACUGUGGACAGUGAGGAGCUCAAGACAGAAGAUUUCCGAAAGAUGUGGCGCGCGAAGGCGCGAGACGUCCUCAUCGACAACGAACACCGUCGACGCCGACAGAUGAAGGCCCAACUCCAAGAGGAAGGCCGCGAGCAACGACGCACCGAUGCCGAGUUGGAGGAGCGCAAGCGCAAGCGCCAGCAUGAACAAGAUUGGGAAUCUACCCGGGAUGAGCGGAUCAGCAGCUGGCGACAGUUUCAGAAAGGACCGGGUGGCGAUAAGAAAAAGAAGAAGAAGCUCAAGCCUAUCGGCUGA